AUGGAUGUCAUCCGCCUUUGGCUAUUCCCGUUCUCACUGCUCGGGAAGGCCAAGACGUGGUUUUACUCCAACAAAGAGGCUUUCAAUACAUGGGAAGCUUGUUCAAAUGCAUUUCUGGCAAAGUACUUCCCGGUGGACAAGACCAAUGCCUUCCGGAAUAGAAUCUUCGGUAUCCAGCAAUUACCGGACGAGACCAUCCUAGAGGCUUGGGAGCGUCUACAGGAAUACAUUCAAGCAUGCCCGUACCACGGCAUGGAGGAAUGGCUGAUCAUUCAGAACUUCUUCCACGACCUGGAUCAGCAAGCCAAGGACCAUGUAGAUGCAGCAGCGGGUGGCUCCUUUCUCUCUCUCGAUGUUGCGGGCGUGAAGACAUUGAUCGACAUGAUAGCCUCCAAUCAGAGUUGGAGAGGUGACAAGCAGCCAGCCCGUCCAAGAGGCAUGCAUCAGAUCGACAGUGUCGAUAUGCUGGCUGCUAAGAUGGACCUUCUCAUGAAGAAACUGGAAUCUCCGCACAAGGAGGUGAACCAGGUUUUGGAGUCUCGAAUGACAUGUGAAACAUGUGACUUCAUCGUCCUCGACAUGGAAGUUGACACCAAGACACCUCUCAUUCUUGGGAGGCCAUUCUUGAGUUCCACAAAUGCAAGUAUUGAUGUGGGAGCCGGAGAAAUUCAGCUCAACAUCAAUGGUCAGAAGGAGACGUUCGCCUUCAAGCCGAAGGUCGAACAAUGUUCUCAAGUUAAGGCAAUCAACCGGAAAAAGAAAUCCAAGAAAGAGCCGGAGAAGCCAUCCACCCCACCUAUCGAAGCCCUCAUUGAGUACGUAGAAAGUCUACGGAUUCAAGAGGAGGCGAAGCAAAUUAAGCUUCACAACUACAGAAAUGCGAGACGAAGGAUCCAACGAACCAUGUUCGAGAAGGCCAAAGAAAAGAUCAAGAGGACGUUCUCGAAGAGCUCAAGGAGUCCACGGAGUUCAUCUUCCUUGCGGUUUACUAUGUCGGUCUACUCCGGUCGCCAUACAAAUGUGUCCUGGGAGGAAGAGGAACCUCCAGCAGUCCCGAAGCCCCGUCUUCACAUCAAGGUUCUGACGAUGGUCGAGCAGAUCGCCGUCAAGAACGAUUAUGAACGGGAGGCCCUGGAGCUAUUGAAGAAGCAGAAUUUUGGCCAUGCCAAGAGGUUCGAAUCUUGCUUCCUCAUGAAGACAGGACUCAAGUAG